AUGGGCUUGCAGAAGUUGUGCAAGGGACCAGAGACACUGUGCUGUUCACGCUGCGGGUCAAAGGCUGCUCCAACCGAUGGACUAUGCCAGCUCCUGUCGACGCCGAACAUCAGGAUAGGGAACAUCGUCUUCCGGCAGCUCAUCUGCAGCGACGCCGACCCGAUCCCCAAGAACCUGAACUCGGGCGCAGCCCCACUCCGCCCUGUCCCCGCCCGCACCCCUCCAGAGUCCCGCACAAGCUACACCUACCAGGACCUUGCUGGCAUCUGCUCUUGUCCAGGGAGCCUGGCCCUGGCGAACGAAGGAGCCGGCGGGGGUGAGGACCAGGGGCCCCGCGUGCACGGCCAGGCCUUCCAGUCCAGUGCCCGCUCGAGUGGAAGUGACGAGAGUGGCCUGAGGUGCCGGAUGGUGGAUGGGAAAGGCUCCACGCUGGAGAUCAGCAAUGAUUCCCAUGAGGAACUCAUCUUCUCAGGCAAUGGACAGCCACGGUCAGAUCACCGUGCAGAAGGGCUGUGGCCGGGACACCGCCAGCUGCCAUCUCUGCACUGCUGCUCCCAGCUGCUGGCCUCCCUGGAGGGAUACUCUUUUGGAGGUGUGUCCACACUGCACCUGGCAGAGGUCUGCCCCCUGCGGAGCCUGCAGCCAGGCACCAGGGCGAAGCUGGAGGAGUCCCUGGUCCCGGCCUCCCCAGGAAGAACCAUCGCUUACCUGUCCACUCUGCUGUGCUCAUAUGGCGACUUCAGCACUGUUCCGUAUUUCCUGGACCAGAUAUUCCACAGCAACAUGGCUUCCUUCCUGGGACGCUGCAGAGACCUGUAUGAGGCAGAGCUCCAUGGCCACACCAGCCUUCCACUGCUGAAGAUGAAGGUGGGCUGCAAGCCUGUCAGCCUGCCUGGAGGAGACCUGGGGACCCAGGUGUACUUUCUGUAUGCCCUGCCCGGACACGCCCAGCACCCUGAGGCCACAGCAGACGCUCCUGCUCUGCGUGCAGGGCCACCACCCUUCCGAGCACUGGCUCUCGAGCCAGCUGCAGCACCGCUGGCUCAGCCAGGACCUGCUCCAGAGCCAGGGCCAGCUUCCCCACGGGGCCUGCCCCCAUGCGCACAGUCAGCACCAGGGCCAGCUCCACAGGCCUCCUCUGGAUGGGCUGGGCCUGCAGAGGAGCUGGCUGGGGCGGAGAUGGUUGACAUCACCGCCUUCUCCCCCAGGAUGAUGGCAGAACAGCUCACGCUCCUGGAUGCGGAGCUGUUCCAGAAGGUCAUGCCCUUCCACUGCCUGGGCUCCGUCUGGACCAAGAGCAACAAGAGAGGCAAGGAACACCUGGCCUCCACUGUCCAUGCCACCGUCCAGCAGUUCAACUGCGUGACAAAUUGUGUAGUCACCACAUGCUUGGGGGACCCCAGCAGGAAGGCCACGGACAGGGCCCGUGUGGUGGAGCACUGGAUCAAGGUGGCCAAGGAGUGCCAGAGCCUCAGGAAUGUUUCCUCGGCCCAUGCCAUCCUCACUGCUCUACAGACCUCCCCAAUUUGUCGCCUGCAAGAGACGUGGGGAGAAGUCUCCAGGAAAAGCUGCAAAAAAUUUGAGCGCCUGUGUGAGAAGGACAAUGGCUUGAGCAGGGAUCGGCUCACCAAGAAGGGGGCCUUCAAGCUUGCUGCCCAGGAGAACAAUCCACAGAGAGCCCAGAUGAGGCUGCGGAAACAACAGAAGGGAGUCGUCCCCUUUCUUGGCACUUACCUGAAAUACCUGGUGAUGUUGGACACUGUGAUGGGGGACUCUGUGCAUCAGGCUGACAUCAGCUUCGAGAAACUGAAGAAGGAAAUGAAAGUCCUGCAAGAAAUCCAACUGCUGCAGGUGGCAGCUAGCAAUUAUUAUUUUAAGCGUGAUGAGGAGUUUGGUGUGUGGUUCCGGUCUGUGGAGUAUCUCACUGAGAAGGAGAGCUACGCCCUGUCCCGCCAGCUGGAGCCCUCUGCCAAGAGGCCCGCAGCAGCCUCAAGGCCAUGA